ACGAUAAACAACGAUUACAACACGUGUUGUGCGAGCUCACUUUGUUUUUUUGUUAUUGCAAGACAAGUUUUAAAAACCAAGCAGCACAAGAAAAAUAUAUAAACAUGGGCAAGCCAAAGAAAGCAAACGUGGCGACAAUUAAAAAUGUCAACUUGGAGAAACAAAUCACAGAAGGCAAAGUGUCCAAAGCCAAAAAUAAGGAUAAGGUCAAGUUGCGUGCUGAAGAAUCACCGAAUCUAGACACAAAAAGCAGUCAAAAGAUUCUGGCCGCAGCCAGGCAACAACAGCUGGAAAUGGAUGAGGAGAACUUUCCAAGUUUGGUUCCCAAACGCAGCGUCAACUUCAAUUUGCACGAUAACAUUGAACAGGAUGAGCCCGAUGUGAGUGAAACGGACUUUAUGGCCGAUCUGGGCAUGGAUGACGAUGAUGUUGCCGCCUUCGAACGUUUCGCACAACCAGCCAAAGAAGGCAAACGCACCCUGCAGCUAUCGCAGAUGAUAAUGCAAAAGAUCCAGGAGAAGGAGGCGGAUAUACACACAAAGAUCUCGGACGAGGGUUCGCUAAAGAUCGAAGAAAUCGAUCCCAAAGUCAAGGAGAUGUACGAAGGUGUACGCGAUGUCCUCAAACGCUAUCGCAGCGGCAAAAUUCCCAAGGCCUUCAAGAUCAUACCCAAGCUGCGUAAUUGGGAGCAGAUCCUGUUCAUCACGGAGCCGCACAAUUGGAGCGCUGCUGCCAUGUUCCAGGGCACACGCAUCUUCUGCUCGGUGCUGUCCCAGGCGAUGGCACAGCGUUUCUACAAUCUGGUGCUGUUGCCACGUGUGCGCGAUGAUCUUUGCGAGUACAAGAAGCUCAAUAUGCAUCUGUAUAAUGCACUGAAGCGUGCUCUAUUCAAGCCGGCGGCAUUCAUGAAGGGCAUCAUAUUGCCACUGUUGGAGGGCGGCGAUUGUACGUUGCGUGAGGCGAUCAUCUUUGGCAGCAUUGUGGCCAGAAGCUCGAUUCCGGUGCUGCAUUCAUCGGCUUGCCUGCUCAAGAUCUGUGAGAUGAGCUAUUCGGGUGCCAAUUCGAUAUUCAUACGUUAUUUCCUGGACAAACGUUAUGCGUUGCCGUAUCGUGUCAUCGAUGCAGCCGUGCAUCAUUUCAUCAGAUUCGAGAACGACAGACGCGAGUUGCCAGUGUUGUGGCAUCAAAGUCUUCUGACAUUCGCACAGCGCUACAAGAACGACAUCUCUUCCGAACAAAAGGAGGCUUUGCUGCAGCUCUUAAAAAAGAAAUCUCAUCCCAAGAUGACGCCAGAUAUUAGGCGAGAACUUCAAGCGGCAUCUUGUCGCGAUGAGGAAAUGAUGGAGACAGAUAAUGCCACGGCUGGUCAACCGAUUAAAAUGUUUACGGACGCCGAUGUGUUCUACGAGGGCUAAGAGCUGUUGGCAUAUAACUUAUAAUCUAAACUAGCGCAGUAUAUUUAAUUAAUUUUUUGGAAAUUAAUCAAGAACAUUGUUUUAUGUUUAUGUACAUAAUAUACAUAACUCCCUGAAUGAAUAUAUAAAUAU